GAAUCAGGGAUUUCUGUCCAAAAGCUCCUGCCUUUCCAUGAAUACCUCUAUCGGCGCCUAUUUAUAGAACCCCCAACCCUCUGUCUGUCGUCUCAUCGGAAAACACCUGCAAGAUUCCGAAAGCUCUGUUUUUGAUCCGCACACAUGGCGCCGCAGAUAGUUUCCACGGUGGUCUCCGGAAAGGGAAAGAAGGAUGAGCCGGUGGCGAGGGCGUACGUGACGUUCCUUGCAGGCGACGGCGACUACGUGAAGGGAGUGGUCGGGCUGGCGAAGGGACUGAGGAAGGUGGGGUCCGCUUACCCUCUUGUGGUGGCGAUGCUUCCCGAUGUGCCUGAGAGCCACCGCCGUCUCCUCGCCGCCCAGGGCUGCGUCCUGCGUGAGAUCGAGCCGGUGUACCCGCCGGAGAACCAGACGCAGUUCGCCAUGGCCUACUACGUCAUCAACUACUCCAAGCUUCGAAUUUGGGAGUUCUUGGAGUACGAGAAGAUUAUGUACCUCGACGCCGAUAUCCAAGUAUACGACAACGUCGACCACCUGUUCGACCUGCCGGACGGCGGCUUCUACGCCGUCAUGGACUGCUUCUGCGAGAAGACGUGGAGCCACACGCCACAGUACCGGAUUGGCUACUGCCAACAGUGUCCGGACAGAGUAGCGUGGCCGGCGGCUGAGCUCAGCCCGCCUCCUUCGCUCUACUUCAACGCCGGCAUGUUCGUGCACGAGCCCAGCCUUGCCACCGCCGAGUCCCUCAUCGCCACCGUCAAGAUCACCGCUCCCACCCCCUUCGCCGAGCAGGAUUUCUUGAACGUGUUCUUCAAGGACAUCUACAAGCCGAUUCCUUUGGUCUACAACCUGGUCAUGGCGAUGCUGUGGAGACACCCGGAGAACGUCGAGCUCGAGAAGGUGAAGGUGGUGCACUACUGCGCCGCGGGGUCGAAGCCAUGGAGGUACACGGGGAAGGAGGCGAACAUGGACAGAGAAGACAUAAAGAUGCUGGUAUCCAAGUGGUGGGAGGUGUACAACGACGAGAGCCUCGACUACAAAGUUCCAGCCAUCGCCGCCGCGCCGGAGGAGGCUACGGAGGCGGAGGAGGUGAAGCAGCCGCUGAUGUCGGCGGCGCUCUCGAAGGCCGGAGAGGUCAAGGUCAUCAAGGCGCCGUCGGCGGCAUGAGGACAGCACAAUUGGUCCUGCACUCCUGCUGUUGAUUAAUAAAUAAUUAAAUAAAAUUAAGCCUAAAUAUAUUAAGAGAACUCUUUGUCUAAUAUAUUAUAUUUUUAAAAAAUAAUUGGGCAAUUUUCUUUUAAUAAUU